CUCUUUCUAUAUUUAAUAUCUAUAUAUCAUUCAUCAACAAGUAGUUAAAAUUCUAAGAACUAUGAAGACAAGGUUUCUUAGAGGGUGCCUUAACAAGUGCAAGAAAAUGGGAAGCAAAGUGAUACCUUGUACUACUGUGUCUGAUUCUUGCGACCAAUGUUACCUUAAAAAAUACACUAACUUGUGGCCUUCAUCUUCUAAUUCAUUGGAUAAGAGAUGCUCCAUUCCAAAUGAUGUUCCAAAGGGUCACUUGGUAGUGUAUGUUGGAGAAGAACACAAGAGAUUUGUGAUCAAAGUUGCAUUGCUUCACCAUCCACUCUUUAGGGCCUUGUUGGAUCAAGCUCAAGAAGAGUAUGAUUUCAUUGCCGAUUCCAAACUAUGCAUUCCUUGUGAUGAACACAUCUUCCUCAGUGUUCUUCGCUGUGCAAGUUCUCCACAGAAUGAUCGUGUGUGUUUCUGUCUUUAUCUCUGAGAGUAGUAGUCUUAUAUGAACAUAUAUAAUUUUUGUAUACAUAUAUCUCUUCAAUCUAAUAAAUUCUAGGAAAAUAAUUUAUUAUGUAUAAAUAAGUGACGAUCUCAAUUACA